UACAGUUGUAUGUGCAAUGUGUGACAAAGAUGCGAACUCACAGUUCUUCGUAAACGUCACGCAAGUGUUUUUCAAGAAAUAAAAUUUCUAGAAACUCUUUAGUAAAAUUCAUUUUGACGUUCAACACGAAUCCGAUAAGAAGGUCCAUACUUGUACUUCUCAUGAUGACCUCUACUCUGAUCUACAUAAAGAUGAAAACUUUCGUCACUAAUACAUUGUCAUCAACUUUGCUAAAAGCGGAGAGUUUUAUAUAUGAUUAACGUCGUGAAUAAUAUCGAUUUAUAUCUUUAGAUUAAACUUUAAGAAUUGUUUGAUUAAUUUCUUGAUCACGAUCGUCGAUACACUAUUUCAAAACGUACAUUUGUACGGGUAUAAAUAUGUACAUAUAUAUAAAGAUUUGAAAAUUAUAAAUUUAUUCCAGUGUAUAAUUAGCAUAAAAUUAUCACGAAGUCGCGAACAUUGUUUUUGUAAUAAUCAUGAUUACAAAUGAUAAAAUUGUACAUGUAUCAGUUUUGGAGAUAGUUAAAUUACAUCUUCUUUCUUUUGUGUAUGGCUUGUGCUUAAUAGUGAAAAGAUUUCCUAAAUGGGUCUGGAAUCCCAAGAAGUUUUUCAUGAUGCAACAACGAGAUAAACCUCCACUUUGUCUCGUAGACAAUAAUUUAGGAACUCAUUCUUAUGUAAAAAUCAAGGGUGUAAAGUUCCACUAUGUAGAAGCUGGAAAUAAAAAUGAUCCACUUAUAUUACUCUUACAUGGAUUUCCUGAUUGUUGGUUGUCUUGGAGAGAACAAAUACCAUGUCUUGCUCAACAUUAUAGAGUAAUAGCAAUAGAUUUGAAGGGGUUUGGAGACAGUGAUAAGCCAGCAGCUAAAAGUUAUUAUAAAAUACAAAUUUUGAUUGAAGAAUUGAAACAAUUUAUUUUAACUUUCGGAGUAAAACAAUGCAGCAUAAUUGGUCACGAUUUAGGAGGACUUUUAGGAUGGUAUAUGGUGGCACUAUAUGGGGAUAUGAUUCAUAAAUUUAUUGCAAUUUCGUGUCCACACCCUAAUUUUUAUUGGAAUAGGACACCUGGAGAUUCCAUUUUUGAUUUAAAAUGGAUACAUUUCAGUAGAUUACCAUUUCUACCUGAGAUUGAUGCUCUUAAAGAAGAUUUAUCAAUCAUAAAUGAUGCAUUUCAACAUCUUCAACUAAAUAAUACAAACAGUGAGAAAGAUUAUGUAGAGGCUUAUAAGUAUACAUUUAGUAGGAAAGAGGAUUGGACAGGUGCAAUCAAUUACUAUCGAAAUCUUCCAUUUAUAAGACUUAAUACAGAUACUUGUGAUCAAAUUUCUACUAAAACUUUACUUAUAAUUGGAAAUAUGGAUCCAAUUGUAACAAUAGAGAGUAUUGUACAAAGUUCUGAAUAUAUUAAAAACUUUAAUGUGAAAAUGAUCUUAGGAGCACAACAUUUUCCACACCAACAAAAACCAGACGUAGUAAACGAAGCAAUCAAGCUUUUUAUGGGUACAACAACUCAUGUAGAAAAACCAUCAUCUAAGAAUAUUAUGUCUUCGUGGCUUGGAUCUCUUAGUAAUACUGUCAAGUAUGGUAACCAUAUGUUUGAUGCUGUUCAUAAAAAGACUAGUGGAGUAGUUAAUGUUCUACCUAACAAAGUAUUUUACUUAGGUCAAACUACAAGCUAAAUUAUAUUUAUAUCUCUAUUAAAGUGUAAAACCCACCAAAAUCUCAA